CUUUGUGGAUCAUGGCUGGAUUUCCAAAAGUUCUAUGGAAAUAUAGGAAUUACCUUAUGAUAAUCCUGACUCCUCUUUUACUACUGCCUCUGCCGCUGGUGAUCCAAACCCCGGAGGCAAAAUGUGGCUUUGUGAUCAUUGUUAUGGCAUUGUACUGGUGUACAGAGUGUCUCCCUCUGGCUGUGACUGCCCUGCUGCCUGUUGUUCUCUACCCCAUGCUGGGCAUCAUGCAAGCAUCAGAGGUUGCUGUGCAGUACCUGAAAGACUCCAACAUGCUGUUUAUCGGUGGGCUGUUGGUUGCGAUGGCUGUAGAGAAGUGGAACUUGCACACGAGGAUUGCCCUUCACGUUCUGCUUAUAGUGGGGGUGAAGCCGUCUCUCCUGUUGAUCGGUAUUAUGAGCACUACAGCCUUUUUGUCCAUGUGGAUCAGUAACUCAGCCUCUACAGCCAUGAUGCUUCCCAUUACCAGUGCUGUGCUACGACAGCUCAGUGAUACAGAGGCCAAUGCUGAAGAGAGGGAUUGUGGCAUGGCUGCUUCAAAGGAUGGCCAGGAAAAUCUGGCGUUUGAGAUGGGGGACAUGAAAGAGAGCAGUGAGAAGGAAUUCAAAGCAAAGGACAGCAGCUCUGACAUGGAUACGGACAGAGAUGAUGAGAGCAGAGACGUAAAAGAAACUGAUGACACAUCAAAGGUCUGUGACAGGAGUUCAGUGGCUGAGCAGCGCAGAUUGAAGACAAAGCAAAAGUAUGAGAACUGGAGGAAAGGCAUGAGCUUGAGUGUUUGUUACGCUGCCAGCAUCGGUGGGACAGCCACCCUCACUGGAACGACUCCCAAUGUUAUCCUGCAAGGCCAAAUAAAUGAGCUCUUCCCAGACAAUGGAGGCCUAAUCAACUUUGCAAAUUUCUUUGCCUUCUCCUUCCCAAACAUGGUGCUAAUGCUGGCGCUGUCCUGGCUGUGGCUGCAGUUCAUGUUUUUUGGCUUCAACUUGAAAAAGUCUUUUGGUUGUUGCGCAAAGAAAGACAGUGACAAGGAGGCAUACCAGGUGAUCAAAAACGACUUCAGACAUUUGGGCGGCAUGAGCUUUGCCGAGGUCUGUGUGCUGAUUAUCUUCACACUGCUGGUUCUUCUGUGGUUCACCAGGGAGCCUGGGUUCAUGCCAGGCUGGGCCACUGUGCUUUUCAACAAAGAGAAAACGUACGUUACAGAUGGCACUGUGGCCAUAUUAAUGUCUUCACUCUUCUUCUGUAUACCGUCUAAACUUCCCAGAUGCUUGGGGGGGUCAGCGGAUGAGACAUCAGCCAAUGCCCCCCCACCCCUGCUAAAUUGGGACAUUGUCCAUGAAAAGAUGCCAUGGAACAUCGUUUUGCUCCUGGGAGGGGGUUUUGCUUUGGCCCAAGGAAGUGAGAAAUCUGGACUUUCUACAUGGCUUGGAGAAAGUCUCAUACCCCUGCAGAGCAUCCCGCCUUUUGCCAUCUCCAUCCUGCUGUGCUUGCUGGUAGCCAUGUUCACUGAAUGUUCCAGCAACACAGCCACAACAACACUCUUCCUGCCCAUACUGGCCUCAAUGGCAAUAGCCAUAAAGAUACACCCUCUCUAUGUCAUGCUUCCCUGCACCUUUGCAUCUAACUUGGCUUUCAUGCUGCCUGUAGCCACUCCUCCCAAUGCUAUCGCCUUCUCUUAUGGCAACCUCAAAGUCAUGGACAUGGCAAAAGCUGGAUUCAUGUUGAACAUUAUUGGAGUCAUCACCAUCAACAUUGCCAUUAACACAUGGGGGGUGGCCAUGUUCCAGUUAGACACCUUUCCAAGUUGGGCAAAUAUUAGCCAUACCCCUUGAGUAUCAACUCUAUAAAGAGGAGAUGAAGAAAAAAACUGUAGGAGAUGAACAAUAUCAGAUAAUUUAUCAGGAUUCUAGCACUGGAGGACUGGGCAGACAAAUGACUUUUGUAUGUACAGCUCCCCUGAAAACUCCUGCCAAAACAGCCUAGCAUGCCUGAAGAGCUGUCCUUGAGUAUCAAAUAAGCAGCUUUUACUCCAUCCUUCCUCACAUUGGGAGUUUCUUCAGAAAGAACUGGACAUGCAGGAUAGAAAACACUGGAGUAUCUUUGUUGUUUUCACUGGACUGUUAUUACUUCAUUAGGAUGAAUAGUCCGAUGAACAGUCAACCACACAAUCAAAUCUUAA